AUGCUGCGUCGACCGCUACAAAUGCGGAAGCGUAAGCCAGUGCCCAUUAAGUUAAUAAACCCAAAGUUUGAGGAGAACUUCGUGAAGGGAAGAGAUUAUGAUCCAGAUCGUGAACGAGCUGAGAGGAGAAAGUUGAAGAAAAUCCUACAAAAGGAAGCUAAAGGUGCAGCUCGUGAACUGCGGAAAGAUAAUUAUUUCUUGUUUGGGGUGAAAGAAAAGGAUAAGGCAAAAUUUGAAGAAGAAAGAACUGAGAAGUAUGGGAAAGCAAGAGCUUUUCUCCAAGAACAAGAGCAUGCAUUCAAGUCUGGGCAAUUGGGAAGAAGCAGGAAGAGGAGGAGAUGA